UCCAGGGUGCGGACCGUUUUACUGCGGUGGGGUGCGGACGUGGUGCGGAAAAAGCAGCUUCGUCGUCGGCACUGAGGGGUUAAGGCCCUGGGGCGGCCUCGGGGAACUACUAGAGUGGGGAGGAGCCUGGAGUCUUUUGGCAGAGACUGGAAGGGAGGCCUGGACUGGGUGAGAUGCGGUCCUGGGGGCUGCGUCGCGCUGCGUGGGCCUCCCCGGUUUUCCUGCUUAAAAGUGAGGGGACCCGAGUACCAUUGCUGGCAGGCAGAGUUGCAGCGGGAAUGGGGGCAUCACAUUCAUUGAGCAAAUUAUCAACGCCUUCUGAGCGUAUGCUCUGUCCAGACUCAGGGUACAGGUGUGGCUGAACGGAUCAUUUUAAUUCACUGAAAUGGAGUGAUUUCUAUCUAAUGUUUUCUGUCCUUGUAAGAUCCUGGCGCCAUUAAACUCGUUUCCAAAACAAACAAACAAACAAACCACCACCACCACCACCAAAAAACACCGUUCAGUAUCAGAUAGGUUUCUUUCGGAAAUUUAUUCAUUUCUCAAGCAAACUGCUGUCUACCUAUUGCUGGAUAAUUGGCUUUGGACUGAAACGAAACUGUUUCCCUUUAACGCUCUAACUCAUAAAACCUAGAAUGUUUCUAAAAAACCUCCUACCCUCUUAUCAAACGCACAAGAGAAAAAUAAGUGAGGUUUCCAAGUUCCACUGGAGACAGUUUGAAACAUGGAGUUAAGGAUAAUCAUAUCUUGGAAACACAGUAUGCUCUCACCUCCCCCAUCCUUUGCUGCCUAUCUCAUGCUGUCACUUAAGAUUAUCCUUAGCUGCAGCUUUAAGGUUGUCUCAGGAGCCAUAGAGCUAGUUCCAAAGUGUAGCGUCCUCCUGCAAUAUUUUUUUUUUGUGGGGGGGGGAGGUAGUAGAUAUCAAGAAGGCACUUUUUCAGAGUAAUAUUGAAGGGCUACUUAUGAUCUGAAUGAACUUGGGCCAGAUGGUUGGUUAACCUCUAAAAUGGGGUAGUCGAUUGUGGGGAUGAAAGAGAAAAUAUAUGCAAAAAUGUCUCUACCUGGUCAGUGCCCAAUCAGCAGACACUUGAAGUUUCUUUUAUGAGAGGAACAGGGGUUUCUUAGCUUGGAGAAGGGUAAACUUGGGAUGAUAUUCUGUGUGACCUGGUAGAUCGUGUGGGUGGCAGCUACAAAGAGACAAUCAUGUAGUAGAGAAGAACUUUCUAAAAGCCAGAGUUCCUAAAGAUAAAAUGCAGUACUUCAAAAGCUGGAGUUGAUGCAAACGUGAUCAUGCUUCAGGCAUCCGAAGUUUAUAAGUCGAAUCACAGGCAACAGUUCUGUUAUAAAAAUAUGCUUAUCCCAAAGUGGCAUGAUGUGUGGACACGGAUACAGAUCCGAGUAAAUAGUUCCAAACUGGUACGAGUCACCCAGGUGGAGAAUGAAGAGAAACUGAAGGAGUUAGAGCAGUUUAGUAUCUGGAACUUUUUUUCCUCCUUUUUAAAAGAGAAAUUGAAUGACACCUAUGUUAACGUGGGUCUAUACAGCACAAAAACCUGCCUCAAAGUUGAGAUUAUAGAGGAAGACACCCAGUACGAUAUCAUUGUGACCCGGAGGUUCCCAGGCUUUGUGCGGAAAUUACAAUGCUGUUUAGGAUUUGACCCCAAACUCUUCUUCAUUUUCCUCCUUGGGCUUAUGCUAUUUUUUUGUGGAGAUUUGCUGAGCAGAAGCCAAAUCUUCUACUAUUCCACUGGGAUGAGUGUGGGAAUUGCGGCCUCUCUACUAAUCGUCAUUUUCAUACUGUCCAAGUUUAUGCCCAAGAAAAGUCCCAUUUACGUCAUCCUGGUGGGAGGCUGGUCCUUUUCUCUGUACCUCAUUCAGCUAGUUUUAAAAAAUUUACAAGAGAUCUGGAGGUGUUACUGGCAGUAUCUUUUAAGCUAUGUCCUCACAGUUGGAUUCAUGAGUUUUGCAGUCUGUUACAAGUACGGGCCUUUGGAGAAUGAACGAAGUAUCAACCUGCUGACCUGGACCUUGCAGCUGAUGGGCCUAUUUUUCAUGUAUUCUGGUAUCCAGAUACCACAUAUUGCCCUUGCCAUUAUCAUCAUUGCCCUGUGUACUAAGAACCUGGAGUACCCUAUUCAGUGGCUGUACAUCACCUACAGAAAGAUGUGUAAGGCAACAGAAAAGACUGUCCCCCCUCGUCUCCUGACAGAAGAAGAAUAUCGGAUACAAGGAGAAGUGGAGACCCGAAAGGCUUUAGAGGAGCUUCGAGAAUAUUGUAACAGUCCAGACUGCUCUGCUUGGAAGACUGUUUCUCGAAUCCAGUCUCCAAAGAGAUUUGCUGACUUUGUGGAAGGUUCUUCUCACCUCACACCAAAUGAGGUUUCUGUCCAUGAACAGGAAUAUGGAUUAGGGAGCAUCAUUACCGAGGAUGAAAUCUAUGAGGAAACAUCCACUGAAGAGGAGGACUCAGAUUCUCGGUAUCCUGCUAUCACACAACAAAUCACCUCCUGACUUAGGUGGUGGUCAGUCAUUUUUAUAUGGACUGGCUUGGUACCUCAAUGGUCCAUGUUGCAUGUGUGCACCAUUGCUUCUCAACUCCUUGAAACAGGGUGAGAUAGUGCAGAAAUUCUCCCACUGAAAUUAGAGGCCUGAGUAGGCCUCCCUCUGGAAAUGGUCUUGAUGGUCUCUGUGGGAUCCUUGAGGGAGAAUGGGUGAAGUCGUGAAUGCUUUCAAUGCUUCCCCAUGGGUUGUUGGCCCACCUAUGUUUCAAAAACAAAAAACCGGAUAGCCACAGCUAGCACAGUGUUCUAGCUCCUCUUAAAGAUUGACUCGGUGGUGGUAUUUCUGCCACCAUAGCUGGCAUCAAAAGUGAGAACUGUUACAUGUGCAGUAACUCUUUCGGACCCUAGGCUGCAUCUUCCAGAGAGAAAUACACAAAUCUGAGCCUCCUUCACUUCUGCUUUUCUUUCAGUGACUUUAGAAUAAUCCUUGUUUUAGCUGUUUUAAGAGGAAAAUAGAUUUUUAUUUGUCUUGUUUUUUAAACAAAUAUAUUUUUUUAAAUAUAACAAAUUCAUGUUCCAGAACCAGCAAGUGCUCCAGAUUGACAAGCCCAUAGGUCCCUACGUGUUUAUUCAUAUGGAUUAUCCAUUAAAGCCCCAGAAUUAUUGUGUUGGGCUUUGAAUUAGUUCUCACACGUUUGUCUAAGUCUUGCUUGCUUUUAGGAACAUGCCUGUGAACCCUUCUGUAAUGAAGGUCUGUCAGGCUUUUUAUUAUAUCCAACUUUUAAUUCUAUCUUAAGAAGACAUUUGCAUUCUUCCCUUCCCAUUCCUCCUCGCCCCCUUUUGCCCUUUUAGGAAGUGUCUAUUUCCUCAGCUGUGAAGUAUGUACAAUUUAGAGUUUGUUUCAUUUCUUAUGUUCUCUUCCCCUUUGUUUGUAGCAUUAUUCCUGCAAGUUGGGAGAAGUGAUCAUUUUUUAGAGAAUUUGAAUGCUUUUUACAUAUCCUCCAUUUUUCCUGUCAGUGGGACACAUAUCUUUGAGUUGCUGUGGAAUCAAGAACCUCUCUCCUUUUUCUUUCUCUUCCUUUGUCUACCCAUUCUACCUGUUCUUUUCAGCCUCUCCUUACCACCUGUACUCCCCCCCUCCCCUGCCCCAAUCUGGCUACUUUGUAAGCCCUGAGACUAUCUGGGACGUUUCCUUGAUACAACAUAAAACUGUAGCUAUGUAGCGGCCACAGCCCGCAUUGCCACGAAAUAGACCUCCAGGUCAUCUUCAUGCCUCGGGGUGUUCAUUCACCUCUCAGGAUCACAGUUUUCCGUGCAUUUAGUACACUUAUUUGCAGUUCCAUUUCUGACCAGAGAUUCAUGCUGUCUUUUAUUACAGUGGCAUUAGUUCCAGAUUCUUUUGCCAUUGAAAAGUACCCUUAUAAACCAGCAGUGUCAUUUAUGAGGGAGCAAAUUCCCAAGUCUCUGUCAUUUGCUUCGUUCUGUCUUGGUGAUCUUCACCCCCGUACCUUGGAAGAGGCUAUAAUGACUCUAGCCAGGAAUAUAGGCACUGACGGCCGGAGCACAGCGUCAGGCUCACUGGUGUACCGUGAUCAUGGAGACGGCAGAUGAUUUUUUUUAAAAAACCGUAAUGACUCCUUCAGAGCAGCCACUUAGCAGAUAAUCUUGAAAGGCCCUGGGCUCAUUGCCAACUUCCAUAAUGUCAGCUCUGAGACUCCCCUCCAGGUGGCCAGUUGAUUAUUACCACCAGUGUUUUCCACCACUUUAAACUGUCUAAAAGUGACAACUACCUCAGUUGGCAGCAAAUACACAUACAGUAGAAAAUGAAAAAGCAGUAUUUGGUCAGAUGCUGUGGGUUAAAGUUGCAGGGCAAAGGAGCUUUAUAUUGGGAAACCUUUAUGCCUUUGUAAAUUAUGUACAUAGUCACAUUUUAUCCCUCUGCAGAGAACUGUUAGGACCUCUGGAAUAUAUUAUUUUUUUGCUUUAUUUAUAGAAAUCAAGAUCUAGCAUAUUUGAGGAGCAGUUAAUUUGAAAAAAUAAUUCAUCUGUAUGAGUGGUCUCAGGAUUACCCGGAGACUUUGGUGCCUUCCCCCAGGAAGCUCAUUUGGGAGGUGGUGGCUUGCCUCCAGGUGACUUUCCCUGCCCUGCCUCUUAUCUUUAUCUCGGUGAGAAAGCACUGUGAAGCAGGGAGAGAGUCUCCUCUUUUUUUGUUUUGUUAAACUCCUUGUGAAAUCUCGUUUCCACCUCCAGACCACUUUUUUUUUUUUUUUACUGUGUUUGAACUUGGGGCGAGUAAGAUCAAACUCUGUUUAUUACUCCAUGUCUGUAGUUGGAGACCUGAGCUGUAGGCAGUGGAGGUGACCAUGGGUCCUGCAGCGUGACAGCGUCUCUGAGACUGGGAAGGACGAGGGUGCCUUUGGUGUGCUGUGUGUCCUUGCUCUGCCUGCCUGUGUGGCCCUGCCCCAGAUGCUUCAGAGCCUCUAUGUGCCCACUAAUCGCUUGACUCCAUAAGCCGCCUUUGGCAGCUGCUCUUGUCUCCCUCUUGGCCACUUAGUCUGCUGGCUCAGUCACUACUUGAAGCCCCCACUUAAUUUUCUCUGGCAGUUAUGGCUCUCGCGAUUCAGCAUAGUCUCAUCUCUCUCACUGAUCUCAUCAGAAAGGAUUGAGGGGAUAACCAUGGAGUGAGCUGGACAUCGGAGCCACGUCUGCUGCCAUGUCAGCGUCUUGCUCCCAAAUAUCAAACUAUAAAUUGGCCCUAGGGUGCAGGGUCUCUUCAGCAUUGGAAAUCUAUCACCUCUAACCUCUAAUUGGUCUAAGUUAUGUAGAGCAUGACUGCCAUUAAUGGGAAUAUGAGAGCCAGCUGGCCUAAAACAUUUCCCCUCCACUUUCCCACUCAGAUUGCUUUCACGAGACCAAUGGAACCGAUCACCAAAAAUAAGGACAGUUUAGCAACUUGGAUGUCUUCUAAUAGGAAAGUCUAUCAGCCACUUCAUCCCACCAAAACUAGUUUAUUUUCUCCUCCCAGAUUCAAGCCUUUUAUGUCUGUUACAAAGGGGAGGGGUUGCUAAUCAUAGUCUUUGGGUCCCAGUGUUCUAUUUUGUGCUGAUACAUCCCAUUCAAGGCCUAGCCCUCUUCACUGAUUGUGUUACUGUGUUCCCUUCAACCCAAUUCCCACCUGGCAUAUACGUUAGAGAUGAAUGAAAGGACCCAAAUAGGCCAGAUAGUCCUCCCUGUCCCUGAUAUCCAUAAAAAGCUUGGAAAUGGAUUAUGCAAUUGCCCUCAAUCUUUUUGUUCCAGAAAAAAAGAUGGGCUCAGAUGGAUGCCUGCAUAAAAAUGGUUCUUAGCUGUUUACUCAUAACUUUUCUCUGAAUUGAAUAGUGAAAGUUGAAGUAGGAGGAAAGGAAAUUAAAUGUCCUUCUAGUAUUCCUUUGGACUCAGGUCUGACAUAUGAGAUAAUAAUCUAUAUUGAAAUGCCAAGAACUUUAUCUCAACCAAGGAGAGGACCGUUUGACAGAUUUAUUAUGCCUUCAUGUUACAUAGACACUGAAGCCAAGUAAUAAACAUAUAAAAUAGCCAUUUGCACAAGGCAAAUGUACCUUGUUUAUGUUUUGAUGUAGCAGAAAUUGAUUAUUAUGUUUAGGGAAACCUAUGCAGUUAUGGUGAUCCAGUGGUAUCUCUUGGUAACUUAGCUUAUGGACCUAGUUGCUGCUGAGUUGGAUUCUAGAUGGUUACUACCUUGAAAAGGGUGUUUGGUGCCUUAUGUGAUGGGAGCCAGUGCCUGCUAGGAAUAAACAAAGCAGAUUCAUGUCCACAUCAAUACACAGCUUUAGUGGGGAGUGGGAAUGGCACACACACAGCCUCCCCCAGAUUUGGGACUUUGGGCUCCCCAUCCCCUGCCAGUGUGUGUCAUCUUCCUCUUCACACUCUUGACAGUAACUUGAAAAUGGUGAAUCAUCUUCUCUGAACUUUACUACAGUAUGGGUGGCAUUCGCAUCAUGUUAGUAUACUAGAUAGCUCAUAAUGUGAGUAUUAAAACUGUACAGCCUGCCAUUGCCUCAGUUUCCCAUAUUUGUGGAAUUGAUGGUGAAAUAGCAGGGCUAAGGAAUUCCUGGGUAAGUUUUAGCCUGUGGGUAAUGCCUUAGUGUUGUUUUAAAAGAUUUGUCAUUUAUAUUUAAAAUAAAUGUUCACAAAUGUUUGAAAGGAACAAAACAAUCAGGGAUCGCUCUUUGCCAUGGGUCUCAUUUUCGCUCUUUUCUGUAAAAAAAUAACAAUGUCUUAUUAUAUAUUUUUUCAUUUUUAUUGUACAAGUUUGUAAGUAAUCCCAAUUUUAAUAAAGUUUUAU